AUGUCUAUUCCUGAGAAGAGGUGUCGUUUUGUGUCGAACCGGGAGAUGCGUCCUCUGUACGAGCAAGAGUCGACGUUGAUCAAAGGAAUCUUUGGGAUGUGUCUGUGUUUUGCAAGCGAAGGUAUCGAGAUUAUCCGCGACCAAAUGAAGCGUUAUGGCCAAGUGAUGAAUACGAUCGACAGUCGCCUUCAACAAAUCGUUACUAAAGUAGUUUCCUUAGUAGAAGAGUAUUCUAUAGUCUUAGAAUAUUUGAGUAAAGACCACAAAGGUCCAACGCAACAAGCAUUAUGCGAAGGGAUAUUAGAGUUUCGGGACGAGUUUGUAACAAAGGUGUGCGAUUUAGAGAAAGAAGCUCGUAUAAAUUUCUGGACACUCCAAGAAGUUGUUGUGGAGUUGAUGAAAUCGUUGCAAACCCUGAAACCAAUUUGCAGUGUUAUUACACAUAUCUCUGGCGAUGAAAUACCCGCUGCUGUGUUUAAUGUGCUCGCAGAACAAAAGAUAUUGUUUGGAGGAAAUCUCACGUCUGAAAGGGUCAUAGAGAAGUUGCUUGAAAAGACAAGUCAGCCACUUUUUGCCUUUGUCUCGGGGUGGAUGUCAAAUGGAGACUUCUUGUAUGACGAGUUCUUCAUUCGCCCAGUUAACAAUGCCCCAAUUUAUGUCGAACAGGAAGUCCCCUUUUUCUUGGCGCCUCAUGCAAUGGUCAUAUUCCAAACGGGGCAAUACCUCCGUUCUAUUGCACAAUACAGAAAACAACACGAGACUGAAUUAUUCCAACAAAUGUUACUGCAACAGGCGCCUGAAAUAGAAGAUGAAAUACCAAAGACUCCGAUACUCAAACUGGAGUCUAACGUCAUUUUCUCACCACUGAAAAUGAAGGCAAUGAUCCGAGAACAAUCGGACGCUGUGAAUAAGGCGCUGUUCAUUGUGUUUCAACAAUGUCACAUCGAUUCCACAUACCACAUUUUGAGAGAAACGUACUUGUUUGGAAACCCUACUAUUUACUUCAACUUUUUCGAUGUUUCCCAUGGGAUUUUAUCACGAAAAUACUUCCACGAGGACGAGAUGCCGACUUCAUACAGAGUGCUUGAUUCACUUCUCUUUGAGUUGAAAGGGAUUAAAAUCCCCCCUUCGUCCAUCUCAAUUUCAUUUGUCAAAGAUUGUGUUGCUAAGUUUGUUGACGAGAAUGUACAAGAUGGAGUGAGGUACAUGUUCGAAGUGGUGACUAUUGAAAAUGUAAUACCUUUUCCUUUGUCGUUGAUUGUCGACGACAACGCGACAAAGAGGUAUCAAGUCAUCUUCAGGUUCUUGUUUGACUUGGAGUACCAUAGGUACUUACUUGCACGGACAAUGAAGAAGAUGACAAAUACGUCAUUGCCUUUAGUGAGAGAGGUGAGGUAUGCUUCACUCCGGUUCCACUUACACUUGUUGGUCUCAGAGUGUAUGAAAGCGCUUGAAGAGAUAAUGAUACAAUGUGAAUGUAAUGUGAUAGAAAAGAAGUGGGACACUUUUAUCAAGAAAGAGAAGAAGACGGUGAAAGAAUUGAGCGAUAUGCACUCGGAGUUCUUGGACGGGUGUUUACAAGAGAUAGGGUUGAAGGACAGAGUAGUUGUGAGUGGGUAUUUCAGUUUUUUGAAGCAUGUCAAAGAGGUGCUACAAACAGUGUACACCGUGGAAAAUGCGUCGGAUAAGGGAAAUGUCACGAACCAAGAGGAUAUCAAACAAAUAGACGACUUGAGAGAGGAGACAAGGGAGUUGAUGGAUAGUGUGUGUUCACUGUUGCCAGAUACGUCGAUUGAGAAACGAAAUGCAUGCUAUAGAAGAAUGUCGACUGAAGUUGCGAUGGAAGACGAGGUGAGAGACCCAUUUGCGGAUAUAGUAGAUUGGAACAUGUAA